AUGCCUCGCGGUCCCGCGAGUGGCCUGUCUCGUCGCGAGAAGAGGUAGCGAGGACGUCUGCGCGGACAAACGGAAGUGUAGGUGACGGUCCGAGGCAUCACCGCCAAGCUGGGAACCGGGGAGAUGGCCGAGACUGACCCCAAGACCAUGCAGGAUCUCACCUCGGUGGUGCAGACACUCCUGCAGCAGAUGCAAGAUAAAUUUCAGACCAUGUCUGACCAGAUCAUUGGAAGAAUUGACGACAUGAGUAGUCGCAUCGAUGAUCUGGAGAGAAACAUCGCCGACCUCAUGACCCAGGCCGGAGUGGAGGAACUGGAAGGUGAAAACAAGAUACCUGCCACACAGAAGAGUUGAAGGUUGCUAGUAACUUACACUGAAAUCUGCAACACCGUUUUUCCAAGCCAAGAGAAGACUGAAUGGCUUUUUGCAGCUAACUACUGUGUGUAGACAAGUUUUAUAUUAUAAUGUGCAUUCUUAUCACAUACUAUAUAGUUAGGUUAUAGAGUGAUUUAUCCCGCAGUUUCUUGAACAUGGUAUCUUCACAUCUUGGACCUUGGUCCGUUGUGCUAUUAAUUAUUAAACACUAAAACUUUGGUGGUUCCUGCAUAAAAAAUUGUCAAAUUUUUUUAGUGUAUUUUUGUGAAGUCAUUUUUUUCCUACCAUUCCUUUUGUAGUAGUUGCUGUUUG